AUGGAUUUUGAUUUUCUUCCAGAGUAUUGUAGGGAUGCAAUCGAUAUUCUUCAGCAGAUCUGGCAAAUUGACCAGCAAAAUAUUGAAGAUAUCAAAGCAAAAAUCAAAAAAUCACUUGAUCAAAAAAUUAUAACAAUACAUUGCUUUCUUUAUACGUGCGAUAUCAUUUGUUUUCGUAGACCUCACAGAAUUAAGUUUGUUGCUCAAUUGGUUAUUGAUCUAUCACAAUUUUUCGACUUUGGAAGCGUAAAUAUGAUUUAUACAUGUAUGAAUUUCUAUGCAGAGUUUACAAGCUCCAAUACACAUCAAGAAUUUUAUACUUUUUAUCCAGAAGAUUCUUUAGAGCGAUAUAUCUUUGAAGAUGACUUUGAUAAAUUCGUGAUUAGUAUCGAACAACGCCUAGAAGACAAAUAUCUACUUGAUUCGCUUCUAAUUUUCGCUUGUGAAAGCGGAUCAAUCCAAUGUUUCAAAUAUUUAAUAGCUAAAGGCGCUACACUAUCAAAUAUUACAAUGAUCCAAUCCAUAAAAGGCGGAAACUACGAGAUAAUACACAUUGUUGAACGUCAAUGCAAAGUUGAUGAAGAAUGUAUGAAAAAUGCUUUAAUAUAUCAUAGGCCCGAGAUAGUUCGUUGGCUAGAACAAAAUUACAACCUCAAAUAUUCAAUAACUGAAACUUUAGACAGUAAUAAUUUUGAUUUAUUUUUUGAGAAGCUUCAAAACAUUCAAUCUGCUGAUGAAGAGAUCGACAAUGAUGGAAAUACUAUAUUGCACUAUGUUUCAGAGUUUCCUUUUAGCUUUUUAUUGAAAUAUUUAAUUGAUCAAGGAAAUUCAAUUGAUUUUUUAAAUAAUUUUAGGAAAACACCACUUUUUGUUUCAUGUGAAUACGGAAUUCCCGAAAAUCUUGAGUUGUUAAUGAGUUUGGAUGCAAAAAUUAACUGUUUAUCCAUCAGAGGAGAGGAACCAAUCAAUAUUGCAGCAAGUAAUGGUCAUGCUAGUAUUAUUAGAAUACUUUGCGAGCAUGGUGUUAAUGUUGAUACAGAAAAUUCAAAACAUGAAACUCCAUUAAUCAACGCAAUCAAUGGAAACCACUUGGAUUGUGUUAAGGAGCUGAUAAAGUAUGGAGCAAACAUCGAAUCUCAUGACGAACUAUGUAUGACGCCGUUAAUGAAUUCUGUCAGAGGAAAUAAGCUUCAAAUCAUACAGUAUUUGAUAGAUAGAGGUGUAAAUUUAGAGGCAACAACACCUAAAGGCUCUACAGCUAUAUUUUUCACUUCUCUUCCUCAAAAUUUUAAGACAUUUUUAUUAUUAGAGAAAAACAAUGCAGAUAUAUAUCACAAGAAUGAAUUAGGAAUAGACAUAUUUAUUAUGGCUUUGAAAGCUGCAAAUCAAGAGUUAAUUCGCUAUUUAUUAGAAAAAUAUCCUAAAUUUAAUGUAAAUGAGCCAGUUAACUCUGACAUAUCUCCUCUUAUUAUUGCUGCUAAAGUAUGUGAUGUUAAAAUCGUAGAACUCCUUCUUGAUCAUGGUGCAAAUAUUGAUGUAACUGAUGGAAACGGAAAUACUCCGUUAAUGUUGACUGCAAGGUUUGGAAGAGAUGAUGUAUUGCAAUUACUUAUUCAAAAAGGUGCUGAUGUCAAACAUAAAAAUAAUUCUGGAGAAAAUGCUUUAAUUGUUGCUGUUAUUAGGCAAAAUGAAAAAGUUGUUGAGAUAUUACUAUCUAAUAAAGCUGAUCCUAAUGUUGGCGAUGAGUGUUCGCCUUUGUAUCAUGCUGCAGCAAUGGGAAGUUUAAAUUUGAUUCAAUUAUUACUUCAUUUUGGUGCAAAACCUACAGAAGACACUCUUGUUGCUGCAUCAAUGAAUGGGCAUAGUGAUGCUUUUCAAUUGAUUAGUUCUUUUCAAUAA